AUGGCACCGCUCAAAACAAUAUCGAUACCGUUUUUGGAGCUCGAAGCAGCGCUUCUUCUCAUAAAACUAUAUGCCUUCGCGAAAGACGCGUACGGCAACAGGAUCAACGACGUUAAACUAAAAAACGACAGCCAGAUAGUGCUUGCUUGGAUUCGAGCGAGACCACACGAACUAAAGACUUUUGUUGCGAACCGCGUAACCAAGAUUCAGAACAUAACCGAAAACAUCGAUUGGGGUCACGUGCCGACGGAUGAGAACCCAGCCGAUCUGUUAUCAAAAGGUACCACCGCGGACGUGCUAGAGAAGAGUAAGCUCUGGUGGCAUGGGCCUCCCUGGAUUUUCAAGACCAGGGCUCUUGAUAAGCAGCAAGUAAGCGCAAUCAAAAUCAAAGAUCUGGAAAGGGCAGACCAGACGAUCCUAAGGAAAGUGCAACAGGAAGCGUUUUCCGAGGAACUCACCGACCUAAGGCGAAAGCGAAGAUUGUCGCGAAAAAGCAAAUUGCAAUCUCUAGAUCCUUUCAUAGAUGAAGAGGGUUUGAUAAGAGUAGGUGGAAGACUUCGACACGCGAGUGUGCCAGCAAAUCAGAAGCAUCCUAUCGUAUUACCAGCAAAGCAUCGAGUAACCAGUCUGAUCAUGCAAGAAGAACACUCGCGUCUGCUUCAUUGUCCCCCUGAGCAUCUCUUUAAUGCAGUGCGACAACGUUACUGGCCUUUAAUCGGUCGCAGAGAAACCCGCAAAACAGUUAAAGGCUGUCUAAACUGCUUUCGAUUUCGACCAACAGUACCAGGCAUAAAAAUGGGAGAUCUUUCUAAACAAAGAGUGAUCAGCUUCGACAGACCGUUCAGAAGUACUGGUAUGGAUUACGCGGGCCCCCUUCAGCUCCGCGAGAGUCGACGCAGAGAGAAACUUCACCUUUCAAAGGAAUAUAUAGCGAUCUUCACCUGCCUAAGCACUAAGGCGGUGCACAUUGAACUUGUCUCGGAUAUGACAACAGAAGCAUUCCUGGCGGCUUUGAAUCGUUUUACGGCUCGUCGUGGAAUUUGUUCGGAGAUAUUUUCGGACAACGGGACAAAUUUCGUAGGAGCAUCCGAAGAAUUAAAAGAGGUAUACACGUUUCUAGAAAAGGAGAGCUCGGAAAUAGGACGCAGCUUGGCUAAUCAACGGAUAAAAUGGAGCUUUAUUCCCCCACGCGCUCCAUACUUCGGAGGUGAUUUACUUAUACAGCCAGCACAAUAUGAUUACGCUGAGGUUCCAGAGAAUCAUCUCACCCGUUGGCAAAACCUGCAAAAAUUGCACCAGCAGUUUUGGAUCCGCUGGCACAGAGAAUACCUGAACGAAUUGCAGCAGCGAACAAAAUGGUCUGAUAUGGGAGACAACAUCAAAUUGAAUACCGUGGUUCUGAUAAAAGAGGACCACCUCCCUCCACUACAAUGGGCUCUGGGUAGAGUCACAGCCUUGCAUCCUGGACAAGACGGUGUGGUGCGAGUGAUCACCAUUUUGUUGAAAGAUAGUCCUUUCAAGGGGGCGACAGAUGUUCGCGAGAGUUUGUUCAAUUUGCGCAGAGUGCAGGAAGUCGAGGCUAGAGUGUAG